GCACGAUUGGACAAGGUUUGCAACAAAAUUGGAGAGGAUAUAGACUUUGCAGAUAUGUUUCCCGGACUUCAAGAUUACUCACAUUCUACAAGCACAAAAUCAGAUUUCUGACUCUUUAGCUAGGACGGCAAGAUCUUUCCAUAGAAGAUUUCACUUUGUUGGUUUUUUUAUUCCGGUCUGGUUGACCAGACCACCUCAAGUUUGAGUAAGAGAAUGGUCUUUCAUUGUCAAAAAAAAAAAAGACUACUCUAAGACGUGUGAUCUAACAAUACUAAAAGCCAAAAUACUGAAUGGGGAGGCUAUCCACAUCAGAUUAAUAAAUUGACCAAUCAGGAACAUUUUUUUUUGACACAUCAGAUAGGCUUCCGUGUGGGCUUCUACGUUUGGGCUUCAAUCAAUUUGUUAUUGCCCAAAUGACCCCAUUUAGAAAACCAAACCUACGAAGGAUGAAUCUAACAUUUUGUCUUCUCUGAUUGAAAAUCAUAUAAACUCAGUUCUAAUCAAUUCUCUUCUUACUCUCGUCAAUCAAUGUUCUCUUAAAGAGUUCGUUUCACCUCCCUCUUUUUCUCCUUCUUAUAUACUGUUCUUCUUUCCUUUCUCCAGACCAAAACCCUAGAACCGCUCUAAGCUCAAGCCGUGGCGAUGAAAGCAAACGGAAAGUCCCCUGUCUCCUUCGCUAAUGAAGAAAAAAUAAUGUUCUUCAAAGAUGCCUCACCAGAUCCCCAUGAAACCCAGUUACAGCUACCGCUGAAGGUAUUUCACCUUUAAUCUUGCAAGAGAAGGACCUCAGGGCAACAAUACUCACGUCACAACUGAAAAAGUUUUAAGGCACGGCUACACAAAGCCUCUGAGUAUGUUCACUCAUGUUAUUUGCGGUCAAAGAUAGAUAUUUAUAGCCGGUGUGUGCUCUACAAGAUCAUAACCGGACAACAAACUUUUGAGAGGAACAUGCCAGCCACUUAACAAAUAAUUGGGUGAAAUUCUUAACGCUUCAGCAUGAUCGUUAACCCUCUGUUAUGCAACAACUACCCAGCUGCUGGAGCAAUGAGCAAUCCACUUAUAGUGUAAAGAUUAAAGAAGAUUAUCAAAUAAAUGAAUAGUAGAGAUUGUUCGAUAGAGUACUAUCAUGAUAAUCUCAAAGGAUAGAGUCAAGCCAUCUCCAACACCUGAUAGCUGGAAGCUCAAUGAAAUCUUUGCCACUGGAAUUGUCUUGGGAGGCUACCAAGCCGUUAUGAGUGUGAUUUUCUUCUGGGUGAUUCACAAGACUGACUUCUGCUCAGAAAAUUUUGGUGUGAGGUCAAUCAGGGAAAAUAACGAUGAACUAAUGUCUGUUGUGAACCUAGAAGUUAGUAUCAUCAGCCAAGCGCUUAUAUUCGUCACGAGGUCAAGGAGUUGGUCAUUCGUUGAACGUCCUGGGGUGCUUCUGAUGAUUGCAUUCGUCAUUGCACAACUGGUUGCUACUUUGAUUGCAGUGUAUGCAAACUGGACAUUUGCAAAGGUGAAGGGUAUAGGUUGGGGAUGGGCUGCUGUGAUUUGGGUUUACAGUAUUUUAACAUACAUCCCACAAGACAUUUUGAAGUUUGCCAUUAGAUACAUCUUGAGUGGAAAGGCUUGGGUCAGCAUGUUUGACAAAAGGACCGCUCUGACGGCCAGGAGAGAUUACGGUGCUGGAGAAAGACAAGCUGAGUGGGCGAGAGAACAAAGGACGCAGCACGGUCUGCAGACAAGACAAGAGGUCAACGUCUUCCCAGAGAACGGGGGUUACAGAGAGCUGUCUCAGAUCGUUGAGCAAGACAAGAAAAGGGCCAAGAUAGCUAGGCUUGGGGAGAUUCACACAUUUAAGGGACAUGUUGAAUCAGUCGCAAAGCAAAAGGGCUUGGACAUUGAUACAUCAGGACAUCACUACACUCUGUAGUUGCCAUAACUAUUCCCAAAAACUCUUUUUUUUUUUUAAUUGUUAGUCAUUGUUCCUAAACUUCUAAAAUAGAGCUUUGCAUUUGCCUUUGAAGAAACAAGGCUUUUGCGUUAAGAGUAUAUUUAUUUUUAAAUUGUUCAUGCAAUUGAAUCGGUUUUCCAAAAAUUAUCAGUUUAAUAUCAAAUACAAAGCUUGGGUUGCCAAAA